AUGGCUCCGGCCCCCACAGGGGUGAGGGCAACUUCCCUGGACGCUCCGUGUCCCCCGGCCCCUGCGCAGUCCCUGGAGGGGGGCCUUGAGGAGGGGAGCCCCGAGGACGCGGGCCGGGACCCCGCGGCGCAGGCGCAGGCGCCAGUGACCUUCCGGGACGUGGCCGUGGACUUCACGCUGGAGGAGUGGGGGCGGCUGGACCCGGCGCAGCGCGCCCUGUACCGCGAUGUGACGCUGGAGACCUUCGGGCACCUGCUGUCCCUGGGGCACGAGGUCGCCAAGCCCGAGGUCAUCGCCCUGCUGGAGCGAGGAGAGGAGCCGUGGCCAACGCAGCGGGCGCGUCCUCCUGGCACACACCCAGAGUGGACGAACAAUCUUGAAAGCAAAGCACUGGUCCCGGCUCAGAACAUUCUGGAAGAAGAGCAGCCGCACAGCAUGCAGCUGGAAAGAUGCCUCUGGGGUGACCCUUGGUUCUCUAGGCUGGAAGUUUUGGGAUGUAAAGAUCAGUUAGGCUUGUACCACAUGAACCAGGCUACAGCCUGGAGGCAGAUGGUGUUCAUGCAGAAGCAUGUGCUGUCUCAGACAGGCCCUGGCAUCUAUGAACUCGGAGCAGAACGUAGUCAGACUGUGAACUCCAUUCCUUUGCAGAGAGUUUCUCAGGUAGAACAUUUCUGUAAGCCUGAGCUAAAUGGUGACAGCUGGAGAUGCGAUUCAGCCAUAAUGUACACAGACAGUCUCACCUGUCAAAGCGAUGGUGGCGACCCUGCCCUUUACCAGACCCUGUCGCCCACGCUCCCGGCGAGAGUGCAGGCUGGAGAUAACCUCUUCAGAUGUCCUGAUGCUGUUAAAUCCUUCAAUCAUAUACUGCGUUUCGGUAAUCAUGAGGGAAUGCACACUGGAGAAAAACUCUACGAAUACAAGGAAUGCCACCAGAUCUUCAACCAGAGCCCCUCAUUUGGUGACCACCCGAGACGUCAUCUUGGAGAAGACCGGUAUGAUUACAAAGAAUAUGGGAACAUCUUUUAUUUCUCAUCUUUUAUGGAACAUCAAAAAAUUGGUACUGUAGAGAAAGCGUAUCAGUACGACGAGUGGGAGAAGGUCUUUGGCUAUGACUCCUUCCUGGCCCAGCACACCAGCACUUACAGCACAGAGAAGCCCUAUGCGUAUGAUGAAUGUGGGACCUCUUUCAUCUGGAGCUCCUACCUCAUCCAGCACAAGAAAACCCUUGCCGGAGAGAAGCCCUACACGUGUGAUAAGUGUGGGAAAGUUUUCAGGAACCGUUCGGCCCUUACUAAACAUGAACGGACUCACACUGGCAUCAAGCCGUACGAAUGUAAUAAGUGCGGAAAAGCCUUCAGCUGGAAUUCUCAUCUUAUUGUACAUAAGAGAAUUCAUACAGGAGAGAAACCUUACGUGUGUAACGAAUGUGGAAAAUCUUUCAACUGGAACUCCCACCUCAUUGGGCACCAGAGAACUCACACUGGCGAGAAACCUUUUGAAUGUACCGAAUGUGGCAAGUCCUUCAGCUGGAGCUCCCAUCUCAUUGCUCACAUGAGGAUGCAUACUGGGGAGAAACCCUUUAAAUGUGACGAAUGUGAAAAGGCAUUCAGGGACUACUCGGCCCUCAGCAAACACGAACGCACGCACUCUGGAGCAAAACCAUAUAAGUGUACUGAGUGUGGGAAGUCUUUCAGCUGGAGCUCCCACCUCAUUGCCCACCAGAGAACUCACACCGGAGAGAAACCCUACAACUGCCAGGAAUGUGGCAAAGCGUUCAGGGAACGGUCAGCCCUCACGAAACAUGAAAUAAUUCACUCUGGAAUUAAGCCCUAUGAAUGUAAUAAAUGUGGGAAAUCCUGCAGCCAGAUGGCUCACCUUGUGAGACAUCAAAGGACUCAUACUGGAGAAAAACCUUACGAAUGCAAUAAGUGUGGGAAAUCCUUCAGCCAGAGUUGUCACCUCGUUGCUCAUCGGAGAAUCCACACUGGUGAGAAACCCUAUAAGUGUAAUCAGUGCGAAAGGUCCUUUAAUUGUAGCUCUCACCUCAUUGCACACCGGAGAACUCAUACUGGAGAAAAACCAUAUAGAUGUAACGAGUGCGGGAAGGCCUUUAAUGAGAGCUCCUCCCUUAUAGUACAUUUGAGGAACCAUACUGGAGAGAAACCCUACAAAUGCAGUCAUUGUGAGAAAGCCUUCUGUAAGAAUUCCUCUCUCAUCAUUCACCAGAGAAUGCACAGCGGAGAGAAGCGCUUCAUCUGCAGCAACUGCGGCAAAGCCUUCAGCGGCCACUCGGCCCUGCUUCAACACCAGAGGAACCAUAGUGAGGACAAGCUCUGCGAACUGAAUUGAUGGGAGGUUUUUCUUUGAUUGUAGUUUGAUAAAUAUGGGGGGGGGUCCUGUAAGUAUAAUCCAGAGGGGAAGGUUUUAGUGAGAGUACAGGAAGACCUCCCUUCUUACCCUUAGAAAGUAUCGCCUUAGAAGACACCCACAAAUGAAUAGAGAAAAGCUUUUAGAAGUCAAGCCCUUAUUUAAUAUCGUAGCUAUAGUGGACAAAAUGCCAAGCUCCCUUCAUGAUCUCCCAGAAACCCUCCUUGAGGAAUGUGAGUGUAAUGAAAAUCGCUUAGCAAGAGAUCGCAACUUCGGACCAGAGCACUCUGUUGACAGAAACGUCCUAUGCUGGGGAUAUUUUAACGGGACUGCAGAUCUGUAUUAAGCCGGAGUAUGGGGUCGGGAACCUGACAGUGAUGUCUGUACAUAACAAUGAAACGACCGACUUGGCUAUUACAGAGGGACAGAUCUGGGCCCUUGCAGGGACAGGAUGGGGCAUUAAUGCCCAAUUUCAGGAAAAAAGUUCCUGCUGAUCAAGAAUCACCUCAGAAAGGAUUAGUCAGUGAGGUCACGCAUGCUGGGACGUUACUGUUACUGCUUAGAGGAGGACCCCAAAGGGCCGCCGGGCUUAUUGGUGCCCUGACCUCCGCAGUCAUGACUGCAUUGGUGGAUGCUGGAUGUGUGCUUCCUCCCGUGGUCACUGUGGUCACUGCUGUAGGUACUGUGUAUGUGUGCGGACGCAGCCAUGCAGGUGUAGACGCUAGAUAGUUGACUGUAAUGGAUGGGGCCUGGCAAGGCCAGUGGAGAAAUUAGCCCAGAUAACUGGUGUUCUAAGGGCUGGGUGCUUCAAAUGCUCUUCAGAUGUGACCUUGCUCUGUCCCUUAACUCCAGGAGGCAGGUUCGGUAACAGCCCAGUCCUACCAGAGGGUCAGGAGGUGCCAUGUGGGGCCAGGGCCCAGGGGAGGCUUUGCUGGGCAGUCAGGCCUGCGCCUUCCAGCCCAAGUUCGGCCCCAGCCUCUCCAGUGCUGUUUCCUUCCCGACACUUUAUCAAGUGUUUCUUUAGUAGAUAUUUGAUAAUAAAAAGCAAGAAA